AUGCUGUUCCUGGUGCGCGACAACGUUGCGGCUGCGACGAUUCUGCUCCCGGCCUUCCAAGCCAUCAACGUCGAGACUGAGGAGAACAUUGACGAUGAGAUUGACACCACCCGCGAGAUCCAUGUCGAUGAAGCUCUGAAGCGCUUCCAAAAUGCCCUGAAGCUGCAUGCCCAGGGUCCUCGCUUCUUCGACGAAGCCGCCGAUGCCUACGAUGACCUCUUCAAAUCCGAAAUCUUCAAAUACCCGAGGCAGUCACCGAAGAGACAGCCCGACCAUUUGAUCACCGAUCCCGCUCUCGCCGCCGACCUCGACCUCCAAGUCGCCGAGGUUGACACCACCGGCAGCAGUCUUCCUCAGGCUUUCUUUCUCGCACAUAAGAAUCGUGGCCAAUUCCUCCUCGACCGCACUCGCCACGCCGCCCGGAGCGCGGGAGAUGAUGCGCCCGCUUACUUCGAGAAGGAUGAGGCGCUCCAAAACAUGUACAAUGCCCUGACGGACUUCAAUGCCGCCCUCGACCGCGAUCCGUCCGAUGCCGAACUGUGGCGCCGCACUGCUCGCGUUGCCGCCUCGUUGAAGAGCUCGAGAAUCAACAGGUACUGCCUUGAGGCCGCCAUCGAACUUGACGAUGACCCGACUGUUCUUGAGGUCGAGCCACCUUCUCUGGCGGAAGGAUUCGCUGGGCAACAGUUGAAGGAUCAGCUGCAGGUCUUGACCGACGAGAUUGCUUUGUCCCACCCCAUCAUGGGCCCUUGGGUCAAUCGGGACAUGCCCGACUUCAUCAAAAGACACAUCGAUCCCAUACCCUUCCUACCGAACCCGAUCAAAGAACUCGGAUCCGCCCGCACUAUCGUCGAGGAAGUAGGCGCUACCCGUCUGACUGUAGCAUGUCCAACAGCAUCUUGGGCCGACCUAGGCAUGGCGUUGGUCCAAUUUAUACUCGAAAAGGGGCAGACAAGCCGGGCCAUCGUCAUUGAGCUUCCUGAAACGGAAGACGACGAAGAUGUAGUCAUGGAGAGUCCACCAGAGCAGGACAGUCAACCCAACGGCUCCGAUGCCAAAGACAAGGAUGGGGUCGCCACAAAAGAGGACAAGCCUGCGGAUGCCGAAAAAGCUGAGAGCGCAAACGCUGUACCGAAAGAAACCCCAAAACCUCCCGAGAACACUCGCAAGGGCCGGGGCAGCUCUCAGCCGAUCAGAAAGCGGUCGCAGUCAGCGGCGGGCAUUCAGGAAGGACAAGAAGAAGAGAGCUUGGUUGAGAAGAGGAGCAAACGAAUUCGGCGACGAGAAACCGCAGCUGCGGAAGAAGUUUUGGACCCUAAUGCCGUCCUCGCAUCCCAAUUGGCACCAUACCAAGCAGCCGACCAGAACCUAUUCCAGGCCACCAAGAACAUGCUGGAAAAUAUUGGCGUCACGGACCAAGCUACCUUGGAUCGCAUCAGCGAGGUGUUGGACUCGCUGGCGUCGGAAGAGCGCGCGGCAUCCAUCAAGAACCAGGCCACGGUGGACCUCCGCAAUGCCAUUGUCUCCUUCAAUGAAGAAAAUGCAAAAAUAUUGCUUAAUAAGCAAGCCCAGGCAUCUUUGAGCUUGUCGUCUUUCCUUGAACAUGCCAAGGGCGGCUCCCAAAAGUUGUCGGUCAUUCCGCCUUUCAAGGAGACGCAGGGAAUCUCUUCUUUCGUAAAGCGAGUCAACUCUUCUUGGAUGACGGCCCAAGAGGUUGCCUACGAGUGGCUCAAAGCGAUCUGUCCCACCUAUCUCGAAACCAAGUGGUCAGAUGUCAUGAAAACAGCCGUCGUCCAGGUCAUUAGUCGGUUCGACCAGGACAUUCUCCAGGCCAUCAACUACGACCUGGAUCGCGCGAAGCAUUCUGACGACGUCGAGAAGGAAUUCGGGUUCAUCAAAAGCAUUGUGGAGAUGCUGUUCGAGAUUCACCUUGACGUGUAUGAAAGAAUCACCAACCCUAACAGUGUGGUCGAUUACAGCAUCCGCGUUGAAGCCAAGGGUCGCCUGGGACGAUGGUUAGACAUGGCAUCGGCUUUGCUGCGCGAGGCUACCCAGGAAGGCAACGAGAAGUUGACUAGUCGCUUCCUAUGGGCUGCCAUCUUCUCCACAACUCUGACCGAGAACGCUUCGAGAGAGUACAUACUUCAGUGUUGGACGAGUUUGCGGGAUUUCCUCUCGGAACGAGAUUUUGACCAGCUUUACCUCCCUAACAACCCAGUGAUACCAGAGGUUUCCGAAGCGGCAGCCGAUAGGGAGAUUUCCAAACUGACGACCAUGGAUUUCUUUCUCGGGCUUUUCCAGGACAACGUCAGCGACCCUGUUGCCGUCAUUGACAAUCUCGAGCCCGUCCUCAAUCCAGGAUCGGUAUACGUCCCGGUGUCGUCAGACGAAACCACAAAGGACGGAGAGGGUUCUUCAUCCGACCGCUCCAAGAACAAGAAAGUGCCUAUCAAGGAAUGUGCGAGUCAAAGUCUUCAAGAUCUUUGGAGGUUCCUCCUAGGUACUAGCACGGAAUUGCGGCUGUUCCUCUGGACGCGGCUUAGCGACGCCUAUGCUAGCAUCAAGUACUCCACGAAGCAGUUUUCGUGCCACCUCAAGGCCAUUGAGAUGCUCACAGCAGACCUGGAAAGCGAUGGGUAUCUCAAGAACGCACCAGAAACGAGACCGCCGCUGUUGCUGAAGAUGCUCAAGGCUCUCGAUGACCUGUUAAUCACCGCGCUUUCGCUCGCUCUCAAUGAUAGCUCUGCUUACGAUAUUGUCGACGACGACCACUUGAAGUCAACAUCGACUGCUCUCAUCAAGUUGAGCUGCAUGCUCCAUGCGUCAGCCAUGCAUGACGAUGAGAUUCGGAUUGGGAUGACUCGUGCGCCACCGAGCAGUCCUUCGUUUCAGCCAUCCCUCAACAAGCUGCGGGAGAUUCAGGUGCGUGUGUGGUGCCUCCAGUACACGGUGAUCAAGGUCGGCGUGAACCAAAACCGCACAUUGUUCCCGAACCCAGAGAUGGAGUUGGCGGACUUCCUAUCAGCCAUUCAUCAGGUCGUCGGAUUGAGGAAAUGCUGCAAGGCCUCGAACAAGAUCUUUUUGAAGAUGAUGCGCGUGGAACUGCUGAGGUUCAAGAAGAUUGAGAAUUGGGAAGACUAUCUUGGCCAAGUGCUGUAUGACCUUCAUGGUCUUAAGCUUGGGGUCGGUGCUGGAGAAGUUCAGGAUCACGGCUGCCCCCCUGAGAAGCUCGAGAAGCGCAAUGCCAUGCAACUGGUCGACAAGAUCACGGUCUUAGCAAGGAGGAUGCCCAGAAAGGACCUCUUGAAGUCGGACCUCAAAACGACCAUUGAGCACAUGCAAGGCGCCAUCGGACAAACAAAGUCGACUCCUCAGAUGAUUCACAACCUCAGGAACUUUACCGAAUACCUUAAGCGACCGAUCCAUCCCCUCAGACUCUACCAGGCCCUUACCGGCGGUGUUCAGUUGGAUGUUGUUGCCGUCAAUACCCCCGAAAGCGCUCUGGCGAGCCAUGGGUGGUUCUUCUUGCUGGGCAUGAUCGCGUUGACGAGGUUCAAACAGGUUGAUUUAAGCAAACGACAAACACCUGGUGCCACUGACGACUUGCGACUCGCGGCAACAUUCUUGCGACUGCAGCUUCAGUUCACUCCAGAUAAGUGGGAUGCCUGGUUCCGUCUAGCUGAGUGCUUUGACUAUGAGCUCGAUGAGGCGGUCUUAUGGUCAGCCGACAAGAUGAACAAGGAGCGUGGGGAGUUGCUCAAGUUCCAGCGAAACUCGAUCCACUGCUAUACCCUUGCGCUGUCCAACUCCUGGGAAGUAGACAUUGACGACGAGGACGAGGAUCCGUUGUAUGAGCUCUAUCAUAACUUCGCCAUGCGUCUGUACGCAUCCAGUCGUGAGCCCCUCGCCAUGGAGCCGUUCCAGCAUGCAGACCAUGAAAGGUUCUUCAUUGAGGCCUUGGGUACUGGGACCUUUCAGAGGGUGCUUCACGACCAGAUGCAAGAUUACAAGGUGUGGAAGUACGCGGCUGGCUUGUUCAAGCGGGCCAUGAGACGCAAGCCGCAGGAUUGGAGAAACCCAUAUAUGCUCACUAAGUGCCUCUGGAAGAUGUACCAGAAGCCCCUUGAUGAGCUGAGCCAGAAGGACCGCGAGACCCGCCCAUCAGUCGGGUACUUGGUAUCAGCCCUCGAGCAUGCAGUCGAGGUUGUGUCUGCAGUGCCCAAGUCGCGACACAGCGAUCCCAUUUUAGAGCCGCAUUACAAGAUUGUCUCAAUCGUCUACAAGCUUGUUGUUCGCGGUGACCUGAAGCCACAGGAAGGUGCGGAUAUCCUGUCGAGACAACCGUUCGGCAUGGAAUUAGGCGACGACAUCACUCUCGACGAUAACGAAGACUGGGAGGAAUACGUCAUCAGGAACCUUCACCAUCUCCGGGACAAGGACAAGUCCAACUGGCAGCACCGUAUCAUCAUGCGUCACGCUCGCCUCCUUUUCGACGAAGACUGCGAGUCGCCCGAGCUUGUCCAAGCCAAGGCCGCCUUUAACGUGCUCAGAGAAUCCAUGUUCACCAAGACGAUGGUUAUGAAUGUCUGGAAAUGUGAUGCCGAACGCCCUGGGCGGCACCACGUCUACACAUCACAGUACAUCCGAUUCAUGGUCAAAAUUCUAGUUGUUAUGAACGACAGGGUGAACUUGGAGAUGGUUCUCAGGCGACUACGCAAGAAGGGUGCGGACUUUUACCAUUUCAGCGACUUGUGGCAGAUGUGCUCCAUGGCUUAUCUUAGGCUGUUGCGGCAGGGGUUCCAGGUGCCUCCGACGCUGGAUGACCCGUUCAAGUCGACGUCCCUGGAAGAGCUGGAAAUCAUGGCAGAUCGCAUCACCGAGUGGGCUGGGGGUCCAUCGACCGACAUCCCCGCGUUCACCUGCCUGAAGGAGACGAUUGAGCUAAAGAAGCUCAAUGGAGGUCUCAUGAAAGCCGGAGCCAUUGAUGAUCUCAUCAACGACUGUUACGCCGUCAUCUACCAGGAGAUCGGCCCUACGCUGCCGGGUCCAGAACCGCACGAAGUUCUUGAGGCCCGCGCCAGGGCCCGCGCCAGAGAAGAGGCCGAUGGCGGACUGGAACUAAAGCCAUCAAGCUCACUGGGAAACCUUCUCAACCCAACCGCUGCCCAAGACUCGGGGGCGAAUGGUGAGGGCGAUAAGACGGCUGCACCAGAGGCAGCCCCGAGGCGCAGGGCAGGCGUUCGCAGGCCCGACAUCAUCCGAAAAGCCGAACAAGCCUUUGCUCGCUUCAGUGAAGCGCCAAAGUCAUCGGUUGCUCCAUCCAAAUCCCGCGUUGGAUCGGUCUCGAGCGGCAGAAACGGGACGCAUACUCCUGCUGGAGACGCUGGAGAGGGCAGUGGCGCCGAAGACCAAGGUGAAGGCGAGGCGGGUGAAGAGGGCGAGGACACGGAGAUGAAGGACACAGUGAUGGAAGGGGAAGACGGCGACGAGGCGCCCGCGCAGGCCACGGCAGGAUCCAGCCCUCGGGGUAGUAUCCACGACUCGGCUGAUGACGAAAGUGAGCUCAGUGAUGUUCCUGAUGACUGGGAUGAGCAGCCACCUCCAUCACUCAUGUUCCCGAACCUGAGGAAAAGCGUGGACUCUGGUCAAGCGGAGAACGAAAACUCCAGUGACGGUGAUGACGAGGAGGAGGAGGAAGAAGAAGGCGGUGAUGAAGAGGAAGAAGAAGAGGGAGGCGAAGAAGAGGAAGGUGAAGAAGAAGAGGGAGGUGAAGAAGAAGAGGAAGGUGGAGAAGAAGAGGAAGGUGGGGAAGAAGAGGAAGGUGGAGAAGAAGGAGGUGAAGAAGAAGAGGAAGAGGGUGGUAUAGAGGAAGAAGGAGAGGAGGAAGGAGAGGAAGGAGAGGAAGAAGAGGAAGAGGAAGAAGGUGAAGGUGAAGGUGAAGAAGCUGAGGUAGAAGAAGGCGAUGAGGAGCAAGAGGGUGAUGAACAGGAAGACGACGAACAAGAAGAAGAGGACGAGGAGCAGGAAGAAGGCGAUGAAGAGCAAGAAGAGGGCGACGUGGCUGAUGAAGACGAGGACGAGUAG